ACAAGUGACCAAAACAAGCGGAACGCCUGCGCCGACACGGGCGACCCGAGGAUCUGGAACAGGAGGAAACAAAGUUUGUCCCGGUUCAGAGGAGAAAGGCGAAUGGAGCGACGAGCCGCGGAGUGAGCUCACAGCGGGGACACAGCUGGGCUGCCAGGCAUACUGUUAGUGGUGGUUGACAAUGGACGUCGACAGUGGGAACAAGAAGAUGACCUCUUGCCUCACAGGCAGCUUCUCGUCCGAAACCCAGAAACCAGCCCCACCCAGAGGCACAGGCUGCAGCUGGCUGGUGGUGGUAGCAGCUGUAGCGGCCUCCCUCAGUGGCCUGAUGCUGGGCUAUGAAAUGGGCCUGACCUCCGGCGUCCUGCUGCAGCUACGCGGACUCCUCUCCCUCUCCUGCCGGGAACAGGAACUGCUGGUCAGCUCCCACCUGCUUGGCGCCCUCCUCAUGUGCCUCGCCGGAGGUCCUGUUCUGGAUCGCUACGGCCGCCGCUGCUCUUUGCUGCUGAGCGCCGCCCUGGUGGUGGCGGGGACUGUUCUGCUCAUUGCUGUCAUGUCGCUUGUCGCGCUCACUCUGGGCCGAGUGAUCGUCGGCAUGGGGACAGCGCUGUCGGGGACAGCGGCGUGUCUGUACAUUGCAGAGAUCUCUCCGAGGGAGAGGAGGGGUCUGCUGGUGACGCUAUAUGAGCUGCUGUUGGUUGUGGGUGUAAUGCUGGGAUUCAGCUGCAGCUACGCCUUCGCCACUCUGCCCCACGGCUGGGUGUAUACGUUUGGACUCGUGAUCCCCCCAGCACUGCUGCAAAUAGGUGCACUUUUGUUCCUCCCAUGCAGCCCACGCUUCCUAGUCACUCGUGGCAAAGUGGAGCAGGCCAAGACAGUGCUGGCCAGACUGAGGGGUGGAGCUAAGGAGCAGGUAGAGGCGGAGCUCAUGGACAUCCAGACUGGACUAAAACAGGAAUCGGAGCACAGCGUCUUUGAGUUGUUCAGUUCCAAGGCCAACCUACGUUCACGGGUACUAAUAGGUGUGGCUUUAGUUUUCCUCCAGCAGGCUACUGGUCAGCCUAACAUCCUCUCCUAUGCUUCACCACUCCUGCGCAGCGUUGGCUUCAACAGUGAUGCUGCAGCAACCUUGGCGUCCACAGGUUUCGGAGUGGUCAAAGUAGUCGCCACCAUCCCCGCUGUGUUGCUGGUCGACCGCGUGGGAACUAAAAGCUUUUUGUGCGUGGGCGCCCUUGCAAUGGGAAUCUCGCUGGCUGUGCUCGGUACACUAACGCUACAAAGCCACACGCACCUCACCAGUCUGUGUAAAAGUCACACUGUACCAAACGACACGCACACCCCGUGGGAUUUAAACUGGACCUCUGCAGACUUGGGCAACGGUGACAUUUUUUCUACUCGCCUCCCCGGCCACUGGAACAGUGAAGAGCCACAGAAGACUAACGUAGAGGAUGACAGGAUCGGGGAGUCUGGGGGAGGAAGUACUCAAGUAGAGGUGUCUCCCUCUCUGAAGUGGGCAUCAUUGAUCAGCUUGCUGGUGUAUGUGGCAGCUUUCUCCAUUGGCCUCGGGCCAAUGGUGUACGUGGUUCUCAGUGAGAUCUUUCCAAUGGGAGUCCGAGGCCGAGCUGUGUCUGUGGUGUCGGCUGUAAACUGGGCCACGAACCUGCUCAUCUCCAUGACCUUCCUCACACUCACUGAAAAGAUUGGUGUUCCCAAUGUGAUGUUCCUCUACUCCGCCAUGAGCUUUGUUCUCCUGGUGUUUGUCAUCCUCUGUGUCCCUGAAACCAAAGGUCGCACGCUGGAGGAGAUAUCCAAAGAACUGGCCAAGAAGAAGCAUUGCCCGGGGGGUCUCUGCAGGCAGCAUCAGCCUCAGGAGAGUCUGAUCAGUGACAUCACAACCCGGGAGAUGCCAGUGGACAUCUGAGUCCUCUAUCUAGCUGUCCAGCCCAGUCAAGAGCAAGCAUCAAGAAGUAGUGCUGUGCAGAAUUUAGUGUAUAACUCGUACAUCUCACUCACAUCUUUACGUGCCUGCAGCCAGUUCUUAUUGUGAUGUCUCGGACAUAUGCAUGUAGUAAAUUCUAGCUACAGAGGUGAAGGAAGAAAACAUAAAUGAUGAACAGCAGAGGAUCAAAUAAUGGAGAAUUGAUUUACUCAAAUGAGGGUAGCUCAGCUCAGGGUUCACGCUUGCUUCCUAAAAAUCCACAGAUGGGGGGAAAUAAGUUUGCAGCAUAUGCACGCUGCCUGUUUAGCAAACCAGAUCAGAGUCACCUGUUGCAUACGCUGAAAUAUAAAAUGAUAAAAGGUUAACAACCGGGAUUGGAUGGGAGAUAGUAUAAUAUACAUAUAUGCAAUAAGAUUUUUAUUGCUUAAAAAUGAUUGUAAAAAAUGAAUAAUGUUGCAAUGCAGAGAGGGACAUUUUCCACAUUUGCCUCAGGAUUGAAAUUAGCCCAGAGCAGAUGAAACCCAUUGGAUUCAUGGUGAAUGUAUACGACUGCAGUCUUUAAGUCAUGUGAAUGUUUUUUUCUCACCUGACAUCACGAUAUUUAUUGCACUAAAUUUGUUGCAAUAUCAACACUAUUCACCUCAAGUGGCAGAAUAUUUAACACCGUUUGGUUAUUUCCGGAGUAAGGAUUAGAUGUAGUUUCUGCAACAUGACUGUAUUUACAUACUGCUUCAUGUGAAGAAGUAACACCAGUAUAGUUUACAAGUCAGCAUGGCUGACUUGUAAAAUGUGUGUGUGUGUGGCCACAUUAGUCUCAGGAAGUGCUCCGUCUCUCGUUCAUAUUUUAUGGGAACAAGACAACGGUAAUCAACGGUAAUGAAUGAACACGACCAGCUCCAGUUUGACAGCUGAAUCCUGAUAGAAGAAAUCAAGAAAAAAUAUAUCCAAACCCAUUAGGUCUAAAGGGUUAAUAAUUUAUCGAUUACAGUUUUAGUGUGAGAAAGUUUUUUUAGUUUUUUUUUUAACCUUUGUCAGUGAUGCCAAAAUUAUACUUAGUCGAUUAACAAGUUGAAUGUUCUACUGCAAGAAAAUAAUAAUGUGUGAACCUUUUUCACAUUUAACAAUUUGUACAUUUUUAAUCUGUACUGUGAAUGUAGGUGUAUUUGAAAAAUGUAUCCCAUUCAAACCAUCAUAUGGGGUAUCCUGUUGAAAGUGGUGAAUACAAACUGUAAUGAGGACAAAGAAGUGCAAA